UUUCCCCAGUAUUUAUAUUCUUCUUCCCUCUUCCUUCUUCUACCUCUUACAUUACAUUCACCAUCUCUUCUCCCUUACCUCUUCUUUUCCCACUUCCCGCUGAUCUCAAGUCAGGAUCCUUCUGAUAAAGAAAUUCGACGAAUGUCUAAUAAGUUGGUGGAACUGAAAGUGGGUCUGCACUGUGACGAAUGCAUCAAGAAGAUCCUCAAGGCCAUCAAGAAGAUACAAGAUAUUGAGACAUACAAUGUGGAUACACAGCUGAACAAGGUCACCGUGACCGGAAACGUCACCACUGUACAAGUCAUCAGAGUUAUCCACAAGAUUGGCAAGACCGCCACCAACUGGGACGAUGAAGAACGCCAGCUCCAGCAGCAGUUCUAACUCUCUAAGAACCCUGCAAUCUGAACACCACCCAAUUCUCAGUAGCCCUGAUAAUGAUUGCCGUUCUAUCACCCCACUUCGAUUUUGUACUGAAUGAAUAAAGUAGCAGAUGAAUGAAGAGUGAGAUUUACAGAAAAGGUAGUAACAA